AUGACAUUGAUGACACUGAUGACAUGGGUGAUUGUGUUGUUGUUUUUGGGUGAUGAAAUCGGAGAGGUUGGAGUGAGGUUGGGGAUGGACAGGGGUAACGGCCAGACCCGCCACAGCGUUGCGUUGGCCCCUGUACAGCCAAGAUCUGAUGUGGGGCAUGUUCACCGAGAGAGCUUCAACUUCCCACCUGAAAAUCCCGAAUCGAGCGAUCGACCAACCAAACACUAA